AUGUCGCAUGAAACGCAAGCGCAGAUGUUCGAUAGCAUGUCCCACGCUCUGUCCAAUCGAGAAUCGGACGCGCUAUUAAAGAGCGCCAAAGCGGAAGGUCUGAAAAAAUGCGACGAUGUGCUUCGAGGUGAGUAGGAUUCGUGAAUUGUGGGGGUUUUGUGGUGGGGGAAAGGGGGGAUGCAGGGAAAGGAGGGGGGGGAGAAUGGCAUGCCUUCGCCUCGAGCUUGGACCUUCAUUACUCGUGCUCAUGCUGGUCUCCUCCAACGUUCCUUCGAUGCGUGAUUGGCGACAUGAUAGCCUUUGCAGAGUGUAGCUCUGGAAGGACGAUCAGUAUGGCUUGGGCGUGCAGGGACCAUCACAAAGCGUUGAGAAGCUGUUUAGCAGAAUAGUAAGUACGCGCCCGCAUUCACGCCUGCGUGUCGAUGUCGAUGCUGCCAAGCCUUGCAUAAUGGUCCAAGGAAGGCACUUGUUCGUGUGUGCGCUCUCCCUUUCUUGAACCUGUGCCUGUGCGACUUUGGCGAGGCUUGGCUCUAUGCAUGCGAAGUGCUGCUACUGACUGCAGACUGACCCAAGAGCCUUCUUUGGCAACCCCCUUUGCGCAUCGCACUGCACUGCACCGCACCGCACCGCACCGCGCCCGAAGCACAUCAGAAGAAGCGAUGACGAAGAGAAGAAAGGAAUAUUUGAGUUCUAAUCGAUCAAAGAGUGGAGAUCGGAUGGUGUAG